AUUGUUUUCGAUAUUUUCUCUCUAACCAAACCAAACCCUUAAAACUCAUCUUCCUUCCUCACUUUCUCUGCAACCAACCAUCAUCAACCCGCCACGACCGCCUACUUACUAUGGCGGCGGCAGCAUCAUCUCCUUCUCCAUCACAAAUCCUAUCACUUGCCCGCUCUUUCAUACGAGUAUCUCGUCAAUUUCCAGAUUACAACAUCAGAGAAUACACAAAACGACGCGCCAUCGAUGCGUUUCGUCAAAACGCUAAACUUUCUGAACCUUCUUCAAUUUCUGAAGCUUUCUCAUUCGGAAAGUCUCAGCUUGAUGUUGCUAAAAGACAAGCUGUUGUUUACUCUCUUUAUGUUCCUCCUCUUCCCAGUGUCAUGGAUCUUCCUAAUAAACCCUUUUAAUCAAGGUUAAGUUCUGUUGAGGAUAGGAUAGGACAAGCGGAAAUGUGUGUUUCCUUAUUUUGCAGUCAUCUAUUAUGGAACAGGCCGUGAAGUGAGAAUCUUGAAGUUGCAACUUUCUCUGGGAAAGAGAUAACUUCUCUUUAAUAGACAACACUCAUAUUAUUAGAGGACAAUUUUAUGUAUGCUUAUUUAAAUUUGAGUGGCAUUCCCUAUUAAUAAAUUAAAAACCAGUUUUAUGUUGUUUGGUAGAAUUAGAAUAAUUAUAGUUGGCUGUAUGUAAAUCAACUAUUUGAUUUGAUUUGGAUAUAUAAUGAUGUUGAUGAUGUUCAACUUCACUAUAA